AACGUUUGUUUACGGAAGUAGCGAGCUUGGAAAUGCUAGCUAUCAGAUUGUUAGCAUAAUUUACUUAAAUAAAAAAUCGUUUGCUGAAUCAUGAUAGCAUCAUGAUGGUAAAGAUUUCAUAGAAAUCAACAGGCGCGGUCUAAUAGAACAAGAUAACUAAGCUAAGAGAUGUGCUAGCGACGUUUUCUAGCUAGCGUAGCUUGUUUAUCAUUCAACCGUCUGUUAGCGUGGUACAGCUAACGUUAGCUUGAUAACUAACUGAUUGGAUUUAGGUCUCCCGAGGUGGCGAAUUGAAGCCAUAGGAUAACCGACACGAUGGGGGCCGAGCAAAGUGGUGAUUCUGAGCACAAGCACUCUGAGUACAGCACCUCAGUGAUGCCCUCACCGGCAAAGCAGAAGGCUAAAAUGGAUGACAUUGUGGUGGUGGCCCAGGGGACACAGUCAUUGCGCAACAUCCACAAUGACCCUGAUGUCAUCAAGCUUCAGGAAAUCCCCACUUUUCAGCCAUUGUUGAAAGGUGUGCUGAGUGGCCAGACAUCCCCCAGCAGUGUGUGUCUGGAGCGGCUGGACUCUGCCCAGGUGCUGCAGCUCUGCAUCCGCUACCAGGACCACCUACACCAGUGUUCUGAGGCCGUGGCCUUCGACCAGAACGCCCUGGUCAAGAGGAUCAAAGAGAUGGACCUAUCGGUGGAGACUUUGUUCAGCAUCAUGCAGGAGCGUCAGAAGCGCUACGCCAAGUACGCUGAGCAGAUCCAGAAGGUGAACGAGAUGUCCAUGAUCCUGCGGCGUAUCCAGAUGGGCAUCGACCAGACCACCCCUCUGAUGGAGAGGCUCAACAACCUGCUGCCGGAGAGCGAACGCCUGGAGCCCUUCAGCAUGAGGCCGGAGGGGGACGCUGCAGCCAUGUAGUAGUAGUAGCAUUGCCUGGGUACGCUGAUACACUCACUGUCAUGGACCUCUAAUCUAGCCACCCAUGCCUCUGCCCAUCACCACACCAGAGAGACUUUUAAAAGCUCUUUAUUGAACCAUUCGUGUUGAACAGAAGAGACAGAGAGAGAGAGGAAAAGAGAGGGAGGGAGCAAAAGAAAGAGAGAACGCUGCCCCACCGGCUCCUCAAGCCAUCCUGAGCCCUUCACGUCCACAACUCACCAUCCGACCAGGCCUAGACUUUUAGCUCUUCACCAUAAGCCAUACUCACUUCCCACCCCAUCCAGCAGAAGCAGUGGGGUACAGGGACAGCUGCACCCCACACUGGGGUUUACAUGUCAGUGAGUGUCAACCACCUUCGGUCAAGGAAUAGGAAGACGGCAAAACAAGAGUUUACAUGAUGUUGCACUGAAGGGAACCUUCUUGGAUUACUGGUACUUUGAAAAAACCACAAGGAGUGUGGCGACAAAAUGACUUCCAAAAAUGACUUAAUCUCCAGAAGUGAUAUGGGUCAUAGAUGAGCUCAGAAGACUCCCAUAAAAGAAGUUAACUGUUGGACCUUGAACUGUCUGUAUUUUUGUUUGGGGGGGGGGGGGGAAAUGUUAUUUUCCAAAAUUAUUUAGCUUAUUUUUCAGCUCUUGCAACUGACCUAUAUAUUCUGUGUUGCACAGUGCAGUAUGUGAUAAACCUAGUAGUCUCUAGGCCUACACAUAGCUACAGCUUUGUGGAAGAUCAUUUAUGGAUAUCAAUUCAAACCAUCAAUAGUAAUCUUCGUGAAUUCUGUGAAAGUUAUGAGUGUUAGAUGCUUGAAUAUGUUGGUUUCUCUGUGAGUAUUUCAAAUGGCUUACAUAACAACGAAGACGUUUAUUUUGGAAAGAAAUAAACAAAUUAGGAAUUUGAA